CUGCUUGCAUUGUUGUACACCAGAUUGAUAUCUGGAUGAUUAUGUUAACAUUUUGCUUUAACAAUGAUGUCAUUGAUGUGAUGUGAUGGAAGAUCUUGUUUUGGAGAGUACCUCAUCUACUGUGUCAGCUGAAGUUUUCAACAAGUUAAUAUUUCUUCCAUGUUGGACUGAAGUAUGAAAAGUUCUAUUUCAUCAAAAAAGUGAGCAUCUUUCUUCAUUGUCCUAGAAGGAUUACACUGGAAGGUGAAACCAGAGCAGAGGAUGACUCAGUACAACCAUUCAGCAGAGUUCUCUCUCCAGAGCUCAGCAAAUAAGUCAUUAAAUUUCACUGAAACACCACUGGCUUGGGAUGAAAGGACACUCUUAGGGCUGAAGAUUUCACUGUCAAUCCUUCUGUCUGUUAUAACUUUGGCAACAAUCCUUGCAAACGUUUUUGUUAUUAUUACAAUUUUUCUGACUAGAAAGCUCCACACACCUGCAAAUUACCUCAUUGGCUCCUUGGCAGUGACUGAUCUUUUAGUGUCUGUCCUUGUAAUGCCCAUCAGUAUUGCUUACACUGUCACCCAUUCAUGGGCCUUUGGCCAAGUGCUGUGUGAUAUCUGGUUGUCAUCAGACAUCACAUGCUGCACAGCCUCCAUCCUGCACCUCUGUGUUAUUGCCCUGGACAGAUACUGGGCUAUCACAGACGCUUUGGAAUACACCAAACGCCGGACUGCUGGCCGAGCAGCCCUCAUGAUUGCAGUGGUCUGGAUGAUAUCUAUUAGUAUUUCUGUGCCACCAUUUUUCUGGAGGCAAGUGAAAGCUCAUGAAGAAAUUGCAAAGUGUACUGUGAACACAGAUCAAAUUACCUACACAAUCUAUUCCACUUGUGGAGCUUUCUACAUCCCAACUGUGCUCCUCCUGAUAUUAUAUGGUAGAAUUUAUGUAGCAGCUCGAUCCAGAAUUCUGAAGCCACCCUCAUUAUGUGGGAAACGUUUUACUACUGCACACCUGAUCGCCGGCUCUGCGGGGUCUUCUCUCUGCUCCAUUAAUGCUAGCCUCCAUGAAGGGCAUUCCCUUUCAGGUGGAUCCCCAAUAUUUAUCAAUCAUGUUAAAAUAAAAGUUGCAGAUAGUGUCCUGGAAAGGAAAAGAAUUUCUACUGCAAGAGAAAGGAAAGCCACCAAAACUUUAGGCAUUAUUUUGGGAGCUUUUAUUUUCUGCUGGCUGCCUUUUUUUGUCAUGUCCCUAGUCCUGCCCAUUUGCCAAGAUGCCUGUUGGUUUCAUCCCAUCCUACUGGACUUUUUUACCUGGCUGGGUUACCUAAAUUCAUUGAUCAAUCCAGUCAUUUAUACAGCUUUUAAUGAAGAAUUUAAACAGGCUUUCCAAAAACUAAUACUUUUCAAAAAGCGUUCAUCUUGAGACUCUCCUCUUGUGUUACUGACCCUUGUGCAAUCUCAUAGCCUACCUGAAACUUUCCAUGCUUUUAUUCCUAAGGAACAGAGUGGUAAUUGCCAACUCUGCUGCAACCCUGUUCUGUGCAUGUAACUGGGGACUUCUCGCCAAUUUGAUACUUUCUGUCUGGAAUUCUGCAUUCCAUAACAGAACUUGUCUGUGGUCUCUGCAGUGAUCGUGUGUGUAUAUAAGAUCAACAACACGUGAAAUAAGCUUUGUAACGAGGGAAGGUGUGCAAACCAGGGAGCUGGGCUUGUGUGAGGAGGUGACACAUUAUCCAAUUCUACCAUGCUUUGUAACCUGGUGGGAGGAAAUUGUGUAUGUGUUUGCAGGAUGUCAGUAUUUCUGCUGCAUAUUAUUAAUCAUUUAUGUAGGUUGAGAAAGUUUCUGGAGAGCAGGAUCUGAUAUCUACAUUUUCUAUAACCUUUAUCA